UAGAAAGAGAAAUAAUAUGAAACACACUAUUUUAAUAUUUUAAUUUUAUCUGAUUACAGCGAUAUAACUUAUGGUUAACUCCAAAUUGCCAAAUUUUUUUAUAUUUCUACAUCUGUCUGUUACAAAAAUUGUUGAUGCUAAAAUCCUGUUUUUGAUCCAUCCUUGAGAUAUAUUGUACACCUUGUCAACAUUGUUCAGUUGCUCUAAAUUGUUAUAAUUUGAUGCAACAUGUCUGCUGAAGAUGAUUUAGGUGAGGUUCUUGGUGAACUGCUCAAUAUUCAAUCAGAGCCCCAAGAAAGCCGUAAACUAUGUGAUAGAUGUUGUAGACCAGAAAAAGUUUGUCUAUGUCCUUAUCUACCGGUUAAACCGUUACCUGUUAAGAGUAAGCUGUUGAUUCUACAGCAUCCAUCAGAAGAAAAAAGAUGUCUCAGGACAGCUAAAAUUCUUGAAUUGAGCUUACCAUCGGACAAGUGUAAAGUUAUCAGAGGGAAAAGGUUUAACGCCAAUAGGUAUCCAGAACUUAGUGAAGCGCUCAAAAAUCCGGAGAAAACCUUCCUGUUAUUUCCUGGUAAAUCAUCGCAACAAUUAGAAACUGUUGAAAAAUGCGACCCACACAACAUAAUCAUUAUUGACGGUACUUGGGGCGAAGCCCGCUGUAUUUAUCAUAACAGCAACGAUUUAAAGAAUGUCAGAAAAGUUGUACUUAAUGUACAAAAACGUAGUAACUAUGUUAUUAGGACUCAGCCAACUGAAGAGUCUCUUUCAACUGUUGAAACGGCUGCUAUUACUUUAGCUCAUUUGGAGGAUAAUCGAUCUAUUUACGAUACUCUUAUGAAGCCUUUACAAGCCUUAUGUACAUUCCAGUUAGAGCAUGGAGCAGCUCAUCACUUUUCUAAAGAAUAUCUUAUACUCAAUGGUCUUUACAAGAAACCAAUUACGAGAAAAAUUCAGAAAAAACUUGGGAACAAACAAGAGAUCAAAUACUGCAUUCGGUGAUUAGUGGUGUAAUACUAGAAACUCUCGCAAAAUCUCUUAUUUCAACACAACAAAAGGUUUGCCAACCAACAAUUUAGAAGACUUGCUUGUAAAAUACAAUGGCUGCUGAUUAAUUUUUUCAAAUUGGACAAUUACUGGGUAAAGCAUUCAAAAACAUCAAAUAAAGAUGCACAAAAACGAUAAAGUUGCUUUUUUCUCUAUUUGUUGCUUGAUAUUUUAAAAAGAAUCAUCUUGAUCCAGUUUUUCUUAAAUAAUGCCUUAAUUUAA